AAUCCCUUCCGCAAAUUGGCAGCCUCCGCAGUUUCCACAUUUGUACAACAUCACGUCCCAAUUUUGCCUCAAAUAAGUCAGAAAAAAUCAGUAGUUAUGAGUAAUGGAACAAAUCAAAAUGGACCUAGUCUGGACCAACAGUUUGCCGCUAUGGACCUAAUGCCUGGAGCCAAGAAGUAUGUGCCACCACACCUACGAGGCAGAAAUGACGGGCCCCGUGCCCCCAUGGCUGUACCACCACCAGGCGGCUACCAGAACUUCAUUGCCCCCAACGCUCAGCCAGGUUUUGGUGGCGCUCAAUUCACUAGAGCGCCCAUGGGCUAUCCAGCUCAGGCCCCUCCACCAUUUGGGGCUCCACCUCCCCAGGCCCCUGGCUACAGCACCGGCUACGACGGUGGUGCCGGUGGCAACUACGGCCGCGGAGGAUACAACCAAGGAGGAAGGGGUGGCUACAACAGCCGAGGAGGAGGUGGCUACAACAACAGAGAUGGCGGCCGUGGUGGAUACAACCGAGACCAGGGCAACAGCUACAACGGACGAGGGGGUGGCGGCGGACGCUACAAUGAUCAGCAACAGUCAGGUGGUGGACGUGGGGGUUACCAGAGCCCACAAGGCCAGGGCGGACCUGGAGGUUACCAACCCCGCGGUGGUUACAACAACCGCCUAGACUGGGGUCGCGGUCAAGGUGGCCCUGGGGGUGCCCCUCAGCAGGGCGGUGGUGAUAGCUUCUGGAGCGCCCGAGGGGGCCAACAGGGCCAGCAGCAGAGCCAAGGGGAUGGCUGGGGCAGGGCAGAGGACUUCCGCGGACGUGACGUGCCCAGGGUCGAGCAAGAGGAGGACUGGACAAAACCACUCCCGAGGAAUUCUCGUCUGGAAAAUGAACUGUUUGAAAUCUGUAACACUGGAAUCAACUUUGACAAGUAUGCUGACAUCCCUGUGGAGGCUACUGGAACUAACUCACCUGCACCCAUUGAUCAGUUCACUGACAUUGACCUAGGUGAGAUUGUGCGUAACAACACAGAGCUGUGCAACUACAAAGUCCCCACCCCUGUUCAGAAGUACGCUAUCCCCAUCAUCAAGGAAAAGAGGGAUCUUAUGGCCUGCGCCCAGACUGGUUCUGGAAAGACUGCAGCCUUCCUGCUCCCCAUCCUGUCUCAGAUCUUUGAGAGUGGACCUCACAAACACUCUGUGAGUGGGUACCGUAAGAAGCAGUACCCUCUUGCCCUUAUCCUGUCCCCUACUCGAGAGCUCACAUCCCAGAUCUACGACGAAUCCAGGAAGUUUUCAUACCGCUCUCACGUGCGCCCCUGCGUGGUGUAUGGAGGAGCCGAUAUCAAGGGACAGAUCAGUGACUUGGAGAGGGGUUGUCAUCUUCUGGUCGCUACCCCAGGACGUCUGGUUGACAUGCUGGAGCGAGGCAGGAUCGGUCUAGAGUACAUCAGGUGGGUCGUUCUUGAUGAGGCUGAUCGUAUGCUUGACAUGGGUUUCGAGCCCCAGAUCCGUCGCAUUGUAGAGGAGGAUGCUAUGCCCAAGACUGGCGAAAGACAGACACUCAUGUUCAGUGCCACCUUCCCCAAGGAAAUCCAGGUACUGGCUCGUGACUUCUUGAAGGACUACAUCUUCUUGGCCGUGGGUCGCGUUGGUAGCACCAGCAGCAACAUCACCCAGAAGAUAGUCUGGGUUGAAGAGCAGGACAAGAGAUCCUUCCUCCUCGACCUGAUCUCAGCGGCAGGUGCGGACUCACUGACCCUUGUCUUUGUGGAGACCAAGAAGGGAGCUGACUCUCUGGAGGAGUUCCUCUACCGCGAGAAGUUCCAGGCCACCAGUAUCCAUGGAGAUCGCUCGCAACGUGAGCGUGAGGAUGCCCUCAAGACCUUCCGUACCGGUCGCACUCCAAUCCUCGUCGCCACAGCUGUGGCUGCCCGUGGUCUUGACAUCUACAACGUGAAGCACGUCAUCAACUUUGAUCUGCCAACAGACAUCGAGGAGUACGUUCAUCGAAUUGGCCGUACUGGACGUGUCGGCAACGUUGGUCUUGCCACAUCCUUCUUCAACGAGAAGAACCGUAACAUCUCUCGUGACCUUGCUGAUCUGAUGAUUGAAGCUAAGCAGGAAGUACCAAGCUGGCUCGAGGCUCUUGCUAGCGAGUCCAAGAACAGUGGAGGAUCCUCCCGCCGUGGACGCAACAGGUACACUGGAGGGUUUGGCUCUCGUGAUUACCGUCAAGUCAGUAACCGUGGACGUGGAGGCGGAAGCGGCGGAGUCUCUGGAGGCUUUGGCGGUCACCAGUCGUCCGGUGGACAUGGCGCCCCUGGCUACCAGCCCCAUUACGGAGGCAACUACGGAGGCAGCUAUAACCAGUCUAGCGGCGGCGGCGGUAGUGGCCAGGACUGGUGGGGCAACUAGACGACGCCCAACAACAAGGAGGGAUGUUGGAGCCUGAUGCUACGGGGCAAGUAUCCUUGUGAUGUUGUUCUACAGAAGAUGGUUCUACAUGUGGAGGCUAGCUAAGGCAAUCUGCACUUAGCUCGCCUUACGUUAGUAUUAUUUGUUGGUAUAUAUAUUAUCUUGUAUAUUACCUUGUUUAAGAUGCAGCCUUAGGCUCCUGUAGGUUAGUUGUUUCAUUUCCUCAUCUUGGAAACUAGAGAUUCUUGUGAAUUCUUUCUGCACAAAUAAUUUGUGGUCUUCUAAUCUCCUAACUAACUGUUCAUAUAUUGCUUAGGAAUAGUAUAGGAAUAAUUUGUGGCUGUGGCAUUUAUAUUGAUAGCUGCAGCCUAUCGCUUGUACAAAUGAAAAUUGGAAACUGAUGUGGAUGAGGCUUUAUUAUUUCCUUGAUGUUGGUCCAGACUAGGUCAUGAAAAGCAAACAAAUCCUUCCAGAGGCGGAGGGAGGAGGACAAACAAAAAAAUUGAAAAUAAACUGCAUAAAUGUGGAAACUGCUCAAAACAUUUACCUAGUUCAUAUUGCACUCUGUGAGACUAAUGGACAAACAGUUGCUUUGUUGUGAUACUGAGGUGACCAGAGUGCACUGUGAACGGUGAGAUGAGGUGUGAAUCUCAUCUCCAGAUCAGAGGCUAUAUUUUAGAUGGGAGGAAGUGUAUUGACCUAUUCUCAUUAUAUCUAAGAUAAGUAUAGUUUUUGUGUUUUUGUUGUUGCAUCACGUUGUUGUAGGAUGCUGUAGACAUUUGUUGUUUAAAAUACAUGAUUUUUAUAACUUAAUACAAAGCAAAGUAACCAUAUCAGUCAAACAUUGUAAUGAGAAAAAAGGCAUUAGAACAAUGUUUAACUUUACAUUAAGAAAAACCUAAAUAUGGACAUUUUAACUAUAUACAUGUAUGUAAAUUGCUUUGUACUGUAUUUUCAUGCAUGCAUCCAUUGUAUGCUGCCUGGAAAUAAUCAGAGGUUCCAUUAUGCAUUAAAAUGUAACAUAAUUUCCUUUAAAGCUGGAUUCUUUUGUAUAACUUGCAACAAAGGACUAUUGGAUCUUAUUUUGGUUGUCAAGAGGUCCAGAAUAACAUUUAUUUAUAGCAUCCUACUAAGGAAGUAUCCAUGCAUAUUGCUAUAAGUAUAACUAUAGAUUGCAUGUGCAGCCCUUUCUUCUAUUCAAGAGAGGUAACAGUGAGCCUUGAAUGAAGAGUAUCUGAUUUUAAAAGCACUGUUUUCUAUCACUUUUAUUGUAUUUUGGUUAUGUUUUCUUUAUAAAAGUUGAUGACAUGCAGAUUGUAUCAUCAUCGAGACUUGAUUGUUAGUCGUAUGUACUCUGAAUAUAUGGAUGUGUAUUUUAGAUGCUUAGAACUUGUUGAGAUAAAAAUUGUUGUGAAUGCUUGGAAUUUUUUUUUUUUCACUUGAAGUAUGUAUUUAAGCGUAGAAUAGUAUGAAUUCUGUUGUUCCAUACUUACAAUUGUUCAAAAAAUAUUGUCGGUCAGUUCUUUUUUUAUAUGAAAAGAGCAGGUUAUAUAUAUAAAGAACAUAGGAGAGAUGGUGAACUUUUUAGAAAAUAAUUUGGCACUUACAGAAGAGGAACAGAUGCCAGCCAUGUCACAAAUGUGAACAGAUUAGUCUAAAGCUUCCUAAAUUUAUUACCCAUGUUAUUAUGCAGCUCUAUUCCUUGUUUUACUCUUGUACCUGUGGAAGUUAUAAUCGAUGUUGCUCCUAACAGGCAUUAGAAAUAAUAGAGUGGUAUGUAUUUUUCUUUAUUUAAAAAAACUUGUUCCUUGAAGCGUAGCUAGCGUUCAUGUAUAGGAUGGCAUCUGUUCCCAUAAAAAUAUAAAACGUUAAGAAGUUCACUGUUUCUUCAAGUUAUAACCUGCUGUGUCAACAUCUGAAGAGUGUAUCAGCAUACCUGUGUCUGUACUGGAUGAAGUCAUUUUGGAGAAGGAAAGUAAUCCAAAUUCUUCUUGUCUUUUUUUUCUCCAUUUUUUGAGGGACAUUUGAAAAACCAAAGAUCCAUUUUGUAAACAUGAGAUGAAUAACGAAGAAGCAUUGAUCAGCGGAAUUGUGAUUAUAUUUUACCAUUGUUAUUAUUAUGCAGGGAUUAAACCUAACCGAUUCUCCACAAUAUCGUCUGCCCGGUGAUCUGUUAUGGUUUCUUAACUUUGUUUUCAUAACUCAUCAGUCUAUAAGUGAUUGAUGAAAGAAAGCAUGAUGGAUCAUUAUGUAUUUGUUUCUCAUAUUCUGAUAUGUAUUGGUUUUAACUGUGCAAUUGGGAUCUCGCAUACCAGAGCCAUAACGGGGGGUUCACAUGUCAUUGACCCCCCCCCCCCCCCCCCUAUCCAUUUCCAUCUGAUACUUUGAACUCCGUCCCAAUCAUCUUCAUUAUUUUAUUCCUUUGGAAACCUCCAUCCCCCGUGUGUUAUGGCUCUGGAUGCGUCGUUUAUGAAUCAGAUAAAUUUGUGGAGUUAUUACAUCAUUUUUUGUGACGAGUAAAAACAGAAAGUAUGUGUUGUCAGAGGAGAGUGCCAAAAACUCUCUUUUAAAGUAUCAUAAACGAUUCUCCUGUGUUUACUACAUGUAUGUACUAUUUCAACUGUUUGCAUUGCAAACUAUUGCUUUGUAAGUUAUUUAUACAGGUAAUAGAUUUUACCAUCAGAUUACUCAUACUGACUUUGAUGUGCACAGCAUCAUGUUCUAUACAUCUUUGAAAAUCUGGUAGUAAUUUCUAUUCCUGCAAUCUCAACUUUAACAAUAGUUAUUUUAAAUAUAAAAGGCAUGUUUAUUGACAUGCUUUUGAGUAUGUACCCUGCAUAUUCAAACAUAUCUUGUCGAAAAAUGAAGUAUUAUUAUGUUCAUUCAUAACUACGUAUUAUUAUUUUUUGCCAGCCAAACUUGAACCGUGUUUGCUGCAUGCAUAUAGCAUGCUAGCAGAGCAGUUUCUAGUCUCCUUCAUAACUGACUAUAUUUUUUUAUGUUUGUAUGUGCGUCAUUAAAGAGUUUCGGUUCUCUUUGUGAACAAUAUUGGAAGAGAUGAUUGGAAAUUUCUCCUUUAUUUUGAGCAGGCCUCAUGCCCAGUCAACAAUAUAACAGCGAUGAGUCUCUAUUAUUCUAACUUUUCAUGGGGAAUUUUUUUUCUUCUACCCCUCAUUCUAGCAGAAUGCGGCAGCGCUUUGAAGAACAUCACUACUAUAAUGCAUGUAAAAAGACGAAAGAUAGCGAGUGAGUUCUUGCGAUAUUUACAGUAUUUUCUGCUCCGCGAAAAUGAAUAAGUCUAAUGAUAAGGGUUUUUUUUUUUAUAAUGUGUGCUAUGGAGAAUGAAUGAAAAUUGCCUUUGAGGGAAACAGUAGUUCGGCAAAGUUUUAUAAAAAUUCAUUAAAAUUAUGUUUUCCCCAUUUUUUAUGGGAAAAUGCCCUAGCCUCGGUCUAGUCUGAGUCUUAAUUCUUUUUUAUAUAAAUCAUGCUGCUGCUUGCAUGAUAUCAAAAUGAAAGAAGAAUACAAGCUUUCUAUUUAUUAAACUAGUGCCUUUUUGGAAUAUGGAUGAUUUUGGGGUCAUGUGACAUACAAAAAAAACAUUCCACCAUUAUGAAUAUAAGCAUGUAUGUAGUCGACCAUUUUGCCAGGGUCCUGAUAAAGAUGUGAUGAGAUGAAAAAAUAGCUUGUAUAUUUAGAAUAACUUUGUAUACAUAAAAGAAGCUUACAUAUUCUUCAGUGUGAACUUGAUAUUUAAAGAGAAAAACAUAAACUCUUACCUUAUGACAGCUUUCAUGAAAUGAAAACGUUUUUAUUAUUCUUUCAAAACUUGCUAGGUACUACUUGUGUAUGCUAGAUAAAUGUUUCAGAUAGAGUAGUUCCACAAACAAUCUCAUUUUUAGUUACUCUAAUGACAACUGGUUUUGUUAUGAAUCAACUCAAUUAAAAAAAAAAAACAAUGUGCUUCAUCAUGGCUAUUGGACAGACUUGAGAACAAGCAUUAAACAUUGUUAUUACCAUUGGUAGCGGCAUUUGGCGGUAAUAUAGGAAUGGGUCGGCAUAUGCUAGAGCCAACAGCAUGCUUGUAUGAAGAUAGUACAUUGCAGCGGUGCCAGAUUGCGUUACGCAGCUUACUCGUAUAAGUAUGGCUGUUCGAAACGUCCAGUGCGUGCGAAACUGCGCUUGUGUCCCUUCCUCACGCACUCACUGAUACAAUAUAUUACGUAACUUGUCAACUCUUUAUUUGCUUUGGUUAACUAAUUGAACACAGAGUGGAUUGCCACAUUCUACUUUUUUUUCACAAGUACAAUGUGGCAGUCUGAAGAUUUUAAUCCGUGGCAGAUAAAAGAGUUACACAAUUUGUAUUUGUUACCCAAACCAUCUCAAUUUGUCUUUUCUUGGUUCUAUUUUCCAAACAAGAAGUCUACUAACUACAAGAUUUAAUCUUGAUUGUCUAACUUAUGUCUGUGAGCUAUGUUAAAGAAUCAUUUUCCACCAAAAAGCUAUUUUUGUAUCGACUAUAUACCGCUAGGUCUCACUUGGAAGAGGGAGAGAGGGAGUGGAAUUGGAGAAGUAUUAUAUUCAGAUCAAAUGCACUCAUGUAAAUAGUAUUGAAGAGAGUGGGAGAGAGAGAAGGGAAGACAUGUAUUGAGGUCGGUUUCAUAUUGUGAUCAGCUGCGUCUGAACUGAGAUAUAUAUAGUACUGCAUGGAGGUUGUUGAUUGUUACAAAUAUCAACUACUUUUCUGUAUUCAAACAUUCCUUCUUUUUCUGUUCUACUUCUUUAAUUGUCACUUUUCUCAUUUCAUUACGUGAAGUUGUGAACAGCAGUUUAGAAUGUAAGCUUUCUUGUACAUGUAUGUUAAGUUGGUUAUAAUGAUAAUAAUACAUGUAAUAAUCAUUGUUUUUCUAUUAGCACAUAAUUAUGUCAUUACAUAACAUCUCUGUGUGCUGGUAAGCUUAAUUUUUCAUGUUCUUCCUUCUAUUGGCAUAUCAAGUAAGAUAAGAAGUGUAAUUAAUACUUUAUUUGACCUCAAAACAGACAUUUUCAUGAUAGGAAAUUCUUAUAGAACAAUGCUUUUUAGUUAAUUUUAAAAUGACCAUUGAAGAAAAUUUAUGUCGGUUUUAAAAAGUGUUGGAUUAUUAACAUCACGAUAAACAUACAAUAAUGUGUUCACACAUUAAAAGGUUGUGUGAACUAACCUAAUUUAGUGGGAACAAACCCGUGCAUUUUGAUUGUGUUUGAGUGAGUGUGUGUAUUAUGUUCUCUUUCUGCAGAGUGUGUGUGUGUGUGUGUGUGGUUGACAAUAUUAAUGUGCCAUUUCAGCCUUCUAACUCCUUGUGUAGCCCAAGUGCUACAUUGGGCUACACUAUUAAUUUAUGAAAACUUGGUUUGGACUUUGCUUUUGUUUUUUAAUCAGGCUUGCAUUCUAAAAACACUUCUUUGUAAUAUUUCCCUUUUGUUCUUCAUAAAAUGAAUCCCAAGAAAAGGUAUGCAGGGUUCUAACUAAAUGCCAAAUUGUUGAUAAAGCCAUUUUUGUAAUCAGA